GUAUGGUAAGUGAGUUUAUGUAUGAUAAGGCAUUCGAAUUGUUUUGUGAUAUGCAGAGAGAUCAUGGGCUUAGAGUUGACCAUUUUACAGUUUCUACCCUUUUGACUGCCUGUACUGGCAGUGCUUCUAUCCUGAAAGGCCAAGAAGUGCAUGCCCAUGCAACCAAGGUAGGGCUGGAGGCAAAUCUGAGUGUCAACAAUGCGCUUAUUGGGUUCUACACAAACUGUGGUGGGGGUGCGAAAGAUGUGACAGCUUUGUUUGAGAGGAUGCCCAUAAGAGAUAUGAUCACUUGGACGGAAGUGAUUACAGCAUAUAUGGACUUUGGUUUGGUGGAGUUGGCUGUUGAGGUAUUUGAUAAGAUGCCAGAAAGGAAUUCUUUUUCUUAUAAUGCUCUUUUGACAGGAUUAUGUCGAAAUGACCAAGGGUCAAGGACACUGGAAUUAUUUAUAAAAAUGGUGGAGGAAGGUGUAGACUUAACAGAAUUCACUUUGACAAGUGUUCUUAGUGCUUGUGGAUUGCUCAUGGAUCGCGAAAUUAGUGAGCAGAUUCAUGGGUUCAUUCUCAAGAUUGGUUUUGGAUCAAAUGCUUGUAUUGAAGCAGCGCUACUUGAUAUGUGUACAAAGUGUGGAAAGAUGGCAGAUGCUGAAAAGAUAUUUAGACGGUGGUCAUUUGAGCAGGAUAACUCUGUGAUUUGGACAUCAAUGAUAUGUGGUUAUGCUCGAAAUGGGCUGCCAGAUGACGCAAUUUCUCUAUUCAACAUUAGUCAAUCUGAAGGAACAAUGGUUGUGGAUGAAGUUGCAUAACUUCAAUACUUGGACUCUGUGGAAAUAUAGGAUAUCAUAACAUGGGAAAGCAAAUACAUUGCCAUGCUCUCAAAUCUGGUUUUUUAUCUGAUUUAAUGGUUGGAAAUGCCUUGCUUACCAUGUAUUCUAAGUGUUGGAACAUGGAUGAUGC